CACGCCCCCUCUGGAAACGUGACGCUCCAGCCAAUCAGAGGGCACGUUUUUCUUUACAUCACAAGGGCAAAGGUUACAGCGAUGGAGGCGUCUCAAAUGUAAACAGUGCUGUUGGAGGGCAGAUAUGAGGCUUUUAUCCAGGGCAGUGCAGUGUGCUGUGGGUCAGAGGGAGUGCAGCCGCAGACACUUCUGGGGAUGGCUCAAUGCAGUCUUCAACAAGGUGGACUAUGAAAGGAUCAAAGCGGUCGGUCCAGACCGAGCUGCAGCAGAGUGGCUGCUGAGAUGCGGUGCCAAAGUGAGGUUUCAAGGUUUCGAUCGCUUUCAGCACGACUACAACGGACUGCCAACGGGUCCUCUGGGCAGAUACAAGAUCCAGGCGAUAGAUGCUACUGAAUCCUGCAUCAUGCAAAAAGGAUUUGACCACCUGGAUGGCUUGCAACAUGUGGAGGAAAUCAAGUUCAAAAAGUGUAUCUACAUUGAGGACACGUGCCUGGAGAGGCUGAGCUCAAUAGAGAACCUGCAGGAGAGUUUGCACAUGCUGGAGGUGGUGUCGUGUGGAAAUGUGACCGACAAGGGCUUAAUCGCCCUGCACCAACUCAGGAAUCUGGAGUAUCUGUUUCUCAGUGAUCUUCCCGGGAUUAAAGACAAACAAACGACAGUUGACAGACUACAGACGGCACUCCCACGUCUGGAUAUAUCACUGGACCUGGACUGAAACCUGUUAUAACUGCUUGUUAAAUAUGGGCACCUUUUUAAAGGUUUUCAAAGUAAAAGACCGAGGGCUGAAGGGCUUGUAUCGUCCAACAUGUGUGUGUUACCAUGUGACUCAUUAAGCCGUGUGGAGAUCAGCAGCAGUGGAAUAUAUUCAGGUGGAUGUGUCACCUUUCAGCUCCAAUUAUAAUCAGGCUUUAAAGGAACAGUGUGUAACAUUUAGGGGGAUCUAUUGGCAGAAAUGUAAUAUAGUUAUCAAUAAGUAUGUUUUCUUUAGUGUGUAAUCACCUGAUAAUAAGAAUUGUUUUGUUUUCAUUAAUUUAGAAUAAGCCGUUCAUAUCUACCAUGGAUGUAUAAUAAGAACUGGAUACCCGACCCCAAGAUAGCACCUAUUCAGUCCAAUGAAAAAUUGCUCUCCCAAAGAGUUAAGAAGCAAAGAGACGAAACUCCGGUGUUUUUUUUCUUUUUUUACAACAGCCGCUGCUGUCAUUUUGGACUGAAAAUGCUAAUUAUAUUUAUAUUAUUUUAUUGUUCAACACAGGCCAUUUCGGUAGAAUAUUACAAAUGAUUUUUUGGGCAGCAGGGGGAUUUUUCGUUCGAGUGUCCACUGAAAAAAAUUGGAAGCAAGGCUGAGCGGCAGCGCCUUAUCCAGUCUUUUAAAUCAUUUCUCUUUAGAUUAAUUUGGCAUUUGUACAAUAUCUGAGGACAGACAGAUGGCUGUGAACAUCCUUAGCACCAAAAUUCCAGAGAUAAUGAGUACAAUGUGUGUAUUGUUCCUGCUAAACGCUAGUAAAUGUGGGUUAAAGGAAUAUUCACUCCUGACGUCAAUAAAUAGUUUCAGAAAUG